AGGAGGAGGAGGAGGAGGGACGGGGAGGCAAGGCAAGGCAAGCGCAGCGCCUGCGUAAAAGCGCGCGGCAGGGAGUGCGGCGGCGGCGGCGGCAGACUGGCGCUAGACUGCAGGAGCCAGGGCCAGGAAACUCCAGGAGACAGUGCUAAAUAUGGAUAAUGUGUUCCUCACAGAGGCUAAUGCCAAUUCUGUCUUAAAAAGAUACCCACGGGCUAAUGGGCUUUUGGAAGAAUUUAAGCAGGGAAACAUUGAGCGUGAAUGCUAUGAGGAACGCUGUGAUAAAGAAGAGGCAAGAGAAGCUUUUGAAAAUGAUGAGAAGACGAUGGAGUUUUGGAAAGAGUACACACAUGGACUCCAUGGAGAAAGUAGCACAGGACAUAACUGGUAUCCAUUUUACCUUGUCUUCCCAUUAAUCAUUGGCCUUUUCAUCAUUCUUCUGAUAAUAUUUCUCACAUGGAGAUGUCUGUUCAAAAAGAAAAUGCGUCGACGGUCCAUGUAUGCACAUAGCAGAACCACUGGCGAUACAUCCAUUGGUGAUGAUAGAAGUUCCCUUCCUCAGCCACUCAGCAUACUUCAUUCUCCCCAGGAAGAAAUGUUUGAAGGUAAUGGACACUCUCCGGGAUAUCUUAGCUAUGUGGAUGGGCAUACAGAUUCAUUAUCAAUAAGGCUUUCAACUUGUGACCCACCACCAUCAUAUGAAGAAGUUGCUGGUGAAAAUGGCAUAAGAAGAAGCGAAACUGCAAAUCCCUUGGAUCCACCACCUCAAUAUGAAGACAUUGUGAAUAGCAUUUCAGUACCUCCAGUUAUCACCAAGUGAAGCAGGAGGAAUACCUUAAGAGGGUUUUAAAAAAACAAACAAACCUUAGGACUUGAGCAUCUUAUUGCAGCUUGAUGUUUAUAUCUAUAACAGUUCUUAAUUCAUUACACUACUUCCUCUUCUACUACCCCAGAUUUGAUUUGCCUUGUGGAAUUUUUCACCACUACCCCCCUCAAAAAAGAAAGCAGUCUGCAAUAAUAAUUGUAUAUAGUUCCAGAGAUGCCAUUUCAAUCAGUUGGUAUUUCUUUCGGUAUUCCUGAAAGUAGCUCUGUAGCAGACAUAAAGGGCUGAGUAAUAACUAAGGUACAAAAAAGGAAUUUGAAUCAAAAAGGCUAAUUGGGGGGGGGGGGCGCUCAAAGGAUGAUAUUGGUCUUAGCCAGAGAGCCAAUGGCUAUAAGUAAGGCUGAUAAGUUAAAAAAAAUAGGAAAUGGUCUCCAUUGUUGUGAAAAAUACAGUAUAUAUGGAUCACUCAAUUGUAUGUUCAGGCACAAAGUCUGUUUCUUGGGAAAAUGCUAAACAUUUCAAACCUUAGGAUGUGGGAAACGCAUACUGACAAGUCACAAUUAAUGUUGUUGUUCUCUUCCCUGCAGCUAGAGCCUGACUUGAAUACUGUAAGAGUAGUUAAGAAUACAUAAAUUAAUAGAACUGAGAGCAGGGAAAUGUAACCAUAUGUGAUUGCUACACAAAGAAAUCAUCACUGCACACAGGUUCCUAUUUUUAUUUUUUUGUAAUGGAUAAAGAAUAUGCAAUGAUUAAGUAGUUUCACUGGCUGGCUAAAUGUUUUCCUUGAUUUUCUGAUAGAAACAUAGCUCCAUAUUACUUACCCCAGGAUAAAAUGGAAGUAAACUGAUCCAGUUUUAAGUUGAAUCUCAGCAAUUUGCCCCAAUUCGUAUUGGUUUUUUCCGUACAAGUUAUGAAAUGGCCCACUAUCCUGGGCUGCAGUAUUGAGUUCUGAGUUGGAUGUGCUUUUUUACUUCAACAAAGAGCUUCUUUUAAAGCUGGCUGUUCUCUGUGUUUUUACAUGCUAAUUUUUAAAGGCAGAUAAGACUAUACCUGUGGCAAGAAACUGAAAGUGAGCUCUAUCAGGAUGUAUUGAUUGGUAUCAAGUGUGAAUUGUUUUGUAGGUGGAUGAUACAUUUUAAAAGUUACUCCUCACAGAGCACAUUAGCUAUUCUCUCAGGUGAGAUUAUUUUGCCCUGGUAAAGAGUUGGAAUGACAAAUAUGUGUCAUACUUGAGUUCAAAUUGCUUAAGUUUGAAUUAAAUACAUAGCAUGGGUGGAAAAAACCAUGUUCUCAGGUUUCUUUAGAAAACCAUUAUAAAAUUUUGGUAUUUCUUUAAAACUGAGUUUUAAGCUCAGUUUCCAGCCUACUGCUUCAUUGUGGAGAGAUAUUCUUGGAGUGGACACCACCUUACGUUUACCAUUUCAUGUGAUUACUUAGACAUUUGAGGAGUAAGGAAAUAUGAUAGUCAGGGAAGAAGCUUGAAGGUAAAAGAUGAAACUAAUUGAGCUCUUGAUCUGCUUGUUUGAUUAAAUAUCAUAGUGUGAUACUCAGUGAAGCUGUUAGAAUGUGACUGUGUUAAAUGGGGUCUUUUUCAAGUAUAUUGUCUUUAAAUCUGGAGGCGACUGAUUGUGGUGAAUAUAGGACCAGGUGGUGGUAGUUUUUCCAGGUGUUAAUAAAUGGAAUAAACAUAUACAAUAGUUUUAAUUUUUAGCCCCUUAUACUCACUUCUCCUCUGCCUUUUUCUUUGACUACCUCUCUACCUCUCACUUGCUGCCUUAUGUGUUCCCAUUUCUGUUUUCUGCCCUCUACCUAAGUUCUCAAUUGCCAUACAUUGGGAUUCAGAUCACUGCUAGUACAGCGGGCCCUCAAUAUCCACGGGCUAGCUAUCCACAGACGGAUUUAACCAUCUACAGACAGCAAGCCCUGUUGCUUUCAAUGGUGUGUGUUCAUGAAGCCACAUUAGUGGCCACAUUCAUGUCACAUCUACCAUUGAAAUCAGUGGGACUCACGGUCCUGCAAUUUUCUUUAUCUGUGGGGGAGAGGGUCUGGAACAGAUAUGAAGGGUGGACUGUAGCUGUGAAUACAGAACCAAGAAAUAGUCACUUGAAUCGAUUCAUAUAUUACACAGUACUGUACCACUGAGUGUUAGAGUUCCAACAAGGCACAUUAGUUGCUGCCAUGAGGGAAUGAAUAAAUUUUAUUUUUUAUCAGGGGCCAACUGUUCUUCUGAAAAAUCAUCCUCUCUCUAACAAGGACAUGUGUACUUGUCUGAUCAUGACCACUUAUCAAUCUUCCCCUUCUCUCACCAAAAAAUAAGCCUAAAGAAUCAUUGCAAGCAUCCAAGUACACAUAAACAAGGAGGUUCAUUCAGGAGAUUUAAUUCAUUUUGGCAGAGUUGUUAUUGAGCCAACUGCUUGUGUCAGCUAUAAAUUAGUGCACAUUGAUUAUUAAUUUCUUAAAAUUACUACUGCCCCCCAAAAGCUUGUUUUAAUAUGCACAGGAAAAAUAUGACAAGUGUGCACAAUAUGGUGUAUGUCAGUGUCUUUUGGGUUACGUUUAUCUAAAUAACAGGGAAGAUGCCAGAUCCCAUUAGGGGUAAUCCAGAUGCCUGGGUUUUUAACUUUGACACAACCACUUUAAGGCCCAGCCAGAGUUGGGUCAUUCCUCUGCUAUGGUGCCUCAUAUCUAUUCUACAAAAAUUAUUUGUGGUGGAGGAGAGAGAUCUAGGGUUCUCACCAAUUAUGUGGUUGGUUUCUAUGUUGCUGCUCAUUAAAGAACACAGACAGUGUGAGUUUUUAAAUGAACUAAAAUAAAAGUAUCUGCUUUUACAGAAUACUUUGGUUUGUUCCCAUCUGUAGAUUUUUUUUUCUUGUGUUGCAGUAAUUCCAGUUCUAUGAACUUUUGAAAGUGAACCUUCCUGUUAGCAUAUUUUUCUGCUUUGCCAUUUUGAUUUUAUCAAAUUUAUUAACCCAACAUACAGCAAUUUAUACAGAGCUUUUAUUUUUUCAUGAUAUUCUUAACUAUUUUUAAAUAAAAAUAUUGCCUUGCAAUAAAUAAUAAUAUAAGAUGCAUAACCUCACCUCUCAGUAUUCUAGAUGUUUGAGUGUGUUGUUUUUGGUUGACUAUUAAAAAUGCAUACAUAGAUUUUAAAAAUGUCAUUAUCUUGUGAAGUUCUAAAUAUAUCUAAGUUACUAAAGACCAGUAAGAAUGUAGAAGUCAUUGUUUUGUCAAUAACUGUUGACUCAUGUGAUAAUUUGUUCAGUCUUCAAAGUACAUAAAUAACCUAAAUUUGACUGCAGUAUUAAAUAUUUUUAUGUAUGGUUUACACUUAAAUUAUGCUGUUUUAAAAAUAAUUCAGGGGCUCUUAUGUUAAAUAAAACUGUUUUUUUAAUUAG